CGGGGCUCUUCAGAGGACUUUCUUUCUCACUUGCAUACUUGCAUUCGACCCGUUGAGUCGAGUCGACUUGUACAUACUUGUCAGCGCGUGCAUUCCUGUUGCCCUCUUCAGUGUCCACUUGUCUGUCCCCGCUUCUUCGCCGCGUGGGCGCCGCACUUGACCGUCUCAUUCGCCGAGUAUUUGCCGACCGAACAACCUCGGGUUUAAGUCUCCACGACUUUGUCGCAACGCACAUUUGUUCAGACACACACCAUUUUCCCAUACAGUUUUCGUUAUACGCAACGUCCAUGAGCGGAUCCUCGGCGAAACUGUGCGCGGACUACCUGCCCGGCGCACUGAGGGCUCGGGGCCCUCUUUUGCGUGCCGUUCCUCGGGGCACUCGCCGGCCUGGCGCCAGGGAGUAUAGACGGGGUGCUCAUGGCGCGAACAACUCUCGCUAUCGUCCCUCGGUGACGGCUCACCGAGUACCGGUCCGUGAUACGGUCGAUGUGAGGUUGUCGCAGGGCCAGUAUGCGCGCCGCUUUGCGACAGCCGCCGAGGGGAAGGCUGUGGAGGGCGACGCUGCAGCUGGGAUGCAGGGUGGUCCGCUGGUGGAGUAUGAUGCUCGUGUACAGCAGGGUCGCUUGCGAGAUGAUCCGUAUCAAAGACAGAUCAUUGAGCAACUGCAGGACCUGUACGAACGACUUCGAUCCUACAACCCCCCGCCGGUCGUCCAGCCAAGCAUCGAAUCCCUCGACCCCAAUCCCAAGUCGUUCUUCGGCUCGCUGUUCAAUCGCAACGCAAAGCAGGAACUUACAAUCCCCGAAUCCCUCCCCAAGGGACUGUACAUGUACGGCGACGUAGGAUGCGGCAAAACCAUGCUCAUGGACCUGUUCUACGAGACCCUCCCACCCAACAUCAAGACCAAGACCCGCAUCCACUUCCACAACUUCAUGCAGGAUGUGCACAAGCGCAUGCACGUCGUCAAGAUGAAGUACGGCAACGACUUUGAUGCGCUGCCUCUCGUGGCGGCUUCCAUCGCAGAGGGCUCGAGUGUGCUGUGUUUCGACGAGUUCCAGUGCACAGAUGUCGCAGAUGCGAUGAUUCUCCGAAGACUCCUCGAAUCCCUCAUGUCCCACGGCGUCCUCCUCGUCACCACCUCCAACCGUCACCCCGACGACCUCUACAAGAACGGCAUCCAACGCGAAUCCUUCAUCCCCUGCAUCAACCUCCUCAAGACCGCCCUCGACGUUAUCAACCUCAACUCCCCAACCGACUACCGCAAGAUCCCCCGUCCCCCAGCAGCCGUCUACCACCACCCGCUCGGCCCAGACGCCGACCACCACGCCCAGAAAUGGUUCGACUUCCUCGGCGACCCCAUCAACGACCCCCCACACCCCGCCACCCAAGAAGUCUGGGGUCGCAAGAUCCAUGUGCCCCUGGCCAGCGGCAAAGCCGCCAAAUUCAGUUUCCAGCAGCUCAUCGGCAGUGCUACCGGCGCAGCAGAUUACCUAGAACUCGUCCGGAACUACGAAGCCUUCAUCAUCACCGACGUGCCGGGCAUGAACCUGACCCAGAGAGAUCUGGCUAGACGGUUCAUUACUUUCAUCGAUGCUGUCUAUGAGAGUAGGGCAAAAUUAGUCCUCACCACCGAAGUCCCCCUCACCAACCUCUUCCUCUCAGCCGACGACGUCAAAUCCACCCUCACGGACGGCAGCAACGACGACGGCGCGGACCUCUCCGACGCGAUGCGCAUGAUGAUGGACGAUCUAGGCUUGUCGAUGCAAGCGCUCAAAACGACCUCGAUCUUCAGCGGUGACGAGGAGCGGUUCGCGUUCGCGAGAGCAUUGUCCCGUCUGUCCGAAAUGGGAAGUAAGAUGUGGGUGGAGCGCGGGUUGGGAGUGGGAACGGAUGCGGAUCAUGGGAAGAGUGAACAUGAUGCGUAUUUGAAGGCGAGGAGUCGCUGGUCGGAGGAUAAUAUGUGAUUUCCACCAUCAUCCUUUUUCUUACUCAUCUUUUACCUGAAUCUUAGAUAGGGGAGAUGUUGUUACUAUCUAGAUUAGAUGGUUGCUGGUUUCUUCGUUGCAUAUACUAUAUACUUCUUCUAUACAUACGUGUAUACAUUUACAGUUGCAUUUACA